UAAUCCCUCCCAGGGCUGACAGUUCGACACACUCAGUAAGAGAGGAAGGGCCGGUUAGCAGGACACCCGGGUUUAUUCGCUUUAUGUUGACAGCAGUAGAGUGUGUUAGCAGUCUGAUUUAAACGACAAGGCAUCCCUAAAUCCAAGUCACGUAAUUUGUGAUAUUCCUGAGUUUGCUAAGCAACUGGCUAAUGUUAGCUGUUUCCUGGUUGGAGUUGCAGCCAUUUUGGAUUUUUACCGAGAAACAGCUAGCCGGGGUCGUGGUUUUGGGAGCAGUAAACUAGCCACCGCUCCCGUUUUCGUAACAUAGCUGUUUAUCUACAGACAGGGACAAGGAUACGCUUGACGAGAGGGGAUACAAUACAACGAGUCAACAAUGAAUCCCGAAUAUGACUAUUUAUUCAAGCUGCUCCUGAUUGGUGACUCCGGUGUUGGAAAGUCUUGCCUUCUCCUACGAUUUGCAGAUGACACAUACACAGAAAGUUACAUUAGUACUAUUGGUGUGGACUUCAAAAUACGAACCAUAGAACUAGAUGGAAAGACCAUUAAACUUCAGAUUUGGGAUACGGCAGGUCAGGAGAGGUUUCGUACAAUCACGUCCAGCUACUACAGAGGUGCUCAUGGUAUCAUCGUAGUGUACGAUGUCACAGACCAGGAGUCCUUCAACAAUGUCAAACAGUGGCUACAGGAGAUCGACCGCUAUGCCAGUGAAAAUGUCAACAAGCUAUUGGUUGGGAACAAGUGUGACCUGACGACAAAGAAGGUGGUGGAUUACACAACGGCAAAGGAGUUUGCAGACUCUCUGGCCAUCCCCUUUUUGGAAACCAGCGCCAAGAACGCCACCAACGUGGAGCAGGCCUUCAUGACCAUGGCUGCUGAAAUCAAAAAGAGGAUGGGCCCCGGGGCCACAGCUGGAGGAGGAGACAAGCCCAACGUAAAGCUGACCCCUGGCACUUCUGUCAAGCCUUCAUCAGGAGGAUGCUGCUGAGAGAGAAACCUUUGCCCCCCCCCCCCUCCCCUCUGCAGGCUCUGCAUAGCCCUGAAACUCGACUGUGUUCCAGCAAAGCCCCACCACAAGUUGACAGGACAGGGAAGACAUGUUUGACAUGUCUGUGAGAACAGGAAGAAGAAGUUGCCUGUAUUUGUACUGUACAUAGUAUAGCCACACUACCAAAAACAAAUAAAGCAUCCUUCUUGUCAUACUGUCCUGUUAUUGACAACUAAUUAUACAGAUAGGUGAUCAUUCAACCCGGCCCUGACCCCCAUCACCCCCUAGACCUCUCGGAGACUACUCUUUUAUUUGGCCCUCUGAAUGCAGGUUAAUGAGUUGUGUGUGUGUGUGUGUGUGUGCGUGUGUAUGUGUGUGUUUUAUCUCUGUUUCUCUUUUCCUUCUGUAAUUAUUUUGCUGUUUAUAUCAGCAUGUCUGUCCCCAUUUUAAGUGUUUUUUUAUUUUUCUGCCCACCUCUGCACAGCAGGCUUUCACUGUUAAUUUCUAGUGCAACUUUGUAUGUACAUAAACAUUAUGAGUGUGUGUGUAUAUAUUGUGUGUGUGUGUGUGUGUGUACACACAUACACACUCUCAAAUCUGAUUUGCCAGUUCUGUAGUGUUGAUUAUGUUAUUGGGGUAGUCUUGACUCUUUAUCUCUGCAUUACAUUUGUGGCUGAAGACAACUGUUGUUGCUCAACAUGUAACACUGAAAAUAAAUAUUGUACUACCAGACUGUAGA